AUGACAGUUCUACAUAGCUUCUUGACCGCCAUCACGGCAUGCGCUGCUUUUAUUGCAGUGUACACAGUAUCAUGCAUCUUCUACAACCUUUUCCUCCAUCCACUUCGGCACUACCCUGGGCCAAUUUCCAUGAGAGCGACAAGAUGGGCUUUCUGUCACAGACUCAUCAAGGGCGCCCUUCCUAUGGACGUCUUGGAACUUCACAAGAAAUACGGAGACGUAGUCCGCGUCGCUCCAGACGAACUGGCUUAUUGCAACGUCAACGCUUGGAAAGAUAUCAUGGGCCACCGGUCCGCAGGCUCGCCAACGUUCGAAAAAGCCCCAAAAUUCUACCGCCCGACGGCAGAGCAGCCCAUCAACAUCGUCAACACUAACGGCGCGGAGCACGCGAUGCUAAGACGGCAACUAUCACACGGCUUUAGCGAGCGAAGUCUUCGCGACCAGAAGCCCCUGAUCAUGAAGUACGUGGAUCUCAUGAUCCAGCGCCUGCACGAGCAUUGUUCCGGCGAAGAACCCGUUGACUUGAUGUCGUGGUAUAACUUUACGACGUUUGAUAUUAUUGGGGAUCUGGCGUUUGGUGAACCGUUUGGGUGCUUGGAGAAGUCGGAGUACCACCCGUGGGUGAAGGCUAUCUUCCAGUCGGCUCGCCUUGGGGUAUUCGCGCAGACCGCAGGUCAUUUUCCCUUCCUGAAGAAGGUCAUCUUCACGCUUUUGGCGACGAAAGCGGCGAAGAAGGCUAGAGGCGAGAAUUUGGCUAGGGCCAAGGCCAAGUUGGAGAGGCGUAUGGAGCUCGGCAAGAAGGAGGGUGGCAGGCCUGAUUUGAUUGAGGGCUUGUUGAAGAAGAAGGACGAACUGAAUAUCUCGUUCGAGACGCUUGCGGCAAACAGCAACACGCUCAUCAUUGGGGGUUCUGAAACGACAGCGACAUUACUGGCCGGAGUUACCUACUACCUCCUCACGAAUAGGGAUUGUCUGGCCAAACUUACGGAUGAAGUACGAUCAUCUUUCAAGACGGAAGAGGAGAUCGAUCUAGUAUCUGUCAACAAGCUGACCUACAUGCUCGCUUGCCUGGAUGAAGCGCUCAGAGUCUACCCUCCAGUCUCCAUGGGCCUCCCAAGAGUCACACCCAAGGGUGGAGCGACUAUCUGCGGAAAUUUCGUGCCUGAGAACACUAUUGUUGCGAUUCACCAGUGGGCCAUAAACCACAACGAGCAGUACUUCAAAGACCCGUACGGAUUUCACCCCGAGAGAUUCAUGGGAGAUGAGAAAUUCGCAUCGGAUAACAGGGAAGCUUUCCAACCUUUCCACAUCGGCUCACGGAAUUGCUUGGGGCGGAAUCUGGCCUAUGUUGAAAUGAGACUCAUUCUGGCUCGCCUAAUUUGGAACUUUGACAUUGAAAUUGACGAGGACUACAAAGACUGGGCCAAGAAGCAGCAGGUCUUUAUCUUCUCAUCCCUGAUGUUUUCCUCAACUCAACGCGGCGUGACCAUCGUAAAGCGGCCGUCAUCAAUCCGCGCAAGUCCUCAAUCUAAGCACAGAAGAAAGUCACCCGGCUCUGCUAUCAUUGAGUCAUCUCAAAAGGUUGUCAUGUCUGCCUCAGCAAGAACUUGGCGCGACAGCGCGUACCUCGUCAUCUCUGGCAUACAGCUGACGGCGAUGCUUUUGGUUGACCUCGUCCCAUUCUACCCAUCAGCUCUCUACGCGGCACCCUCAUCCCCAUUACACUUCCUCCAAGUCCUCCGCGGCUUCUACAUCUCCACGUACAACGACCCCUUCUUCACCGCGUCUCACGAGAACCUCCCCUCGUGGUUCAAGCUCUUCACCUAUAUCGAGAUCGUCUACCAGCUGCCCAUGGCUGCCUGGAUGGUCUACAGGUUCUCGAGAAACACUGGCACAACUGCCGGAUUCGAACUCGCUGUGCUCGUCUUCUGCGUCGAGUGCGCUCUCACGACGUUGACCUGCAUCUACGACGUCUUCCACUGGGAUCCUGCCGUGUACAGCCAGGCUCAGAAGAACGUCUUUGUCUUCAACCUCUACGGCCCAUGGGCGGUCAUCCCGGCGCUGAUGGGACUGGACAUGUGGCUGCGCAUUUUGAAGCGGGUGAACACCGCAGACAGCACCAAGAAGUUGCAGUAA